AUGACGGUUCAAGACGUCGCCAGACCAACCAUCGUCAAUGAGACCGAUGUCGUUGUGCGGGUGACCACCUCGGCCGUAUGCGGAUCCGACCUGCAUAUCUACCGCGGCUACAUGGGCGGUGCCGUUCCAUGGACAAUGGGCCACGAGGCCGUCGGCUACGUAUCGGAGAUCGGUGACGCUGUGUCCUCCGUUUCCAUCGGGGACUACGUGAUCAUCCCUGACACCGUAUCCCCGGAUCACUUGGAGAUGGAGCCGACAUCGAAGGAAUAUUUCGGCUUCGGCAACAGUGAGAUGGGUCUCGGUGGGCUCCAAGCUGAAUACGCGCGGGUCCCUUUCGCCGACACAAAUCUGAUCCCGAUCCCCUUGACCCGCGAAACCGCCAACUCGACGAUCGAGCACGACUAUCUCACGGUGUCGGACAUCUUCGCCACAGGCUGGGCCGGUAUCGAUUACACCGGGUUCCAAGCUGGCGAUUCUGUCGCCAUCUUCGGCGCGGGUCCCGUCGGUCUGCUUUCGGCUUACUCGGCCAUCUUGCGUGGGGCUUCCAAGGUCUAUGUCGUCGACCAUGUCGAGAAACGCCUCGAGCUCGCAGCAUCCAUCGGAGCCAUCCCGGUCAACUUCGAACACGAAGAUCCCGUCGCCCAGAUCCUGGCACGUGAGCCACGCGGAGUGAUGCGCGUCGUCGACUGUGUUGGUAUGGAGGCUUUGAACUCCAACCUUGAAAUGGACGAGAGCGUUGUCGUGCGACAGAUGAUCGAUCUGGCCCAUUUCGGAGGAGGUAUAGGCCAGCUGGGUGUGUACAAAUCUCAGGACAGCUCGCCAGGGGCACCGUACGGCAGUGUUAUGUCGCCCACAAUUCCCUUUCCUGUCUCAACCUUCUUCAGUAAGGGCCUGAGUUUUCGAACUGGAGCUGUAGACCCGAAGGAGUAUGCUCCCCAGUUGAUCGAUCUCAUCAACAGCGGCAAGGCCCAUCCCAGCUUUGUGAUCAGCGCAGUCAUUGGCAUUGAAGAUGCCCCAGAGUACUACAACCGCUUUAAUGGGAAGAAGGAGGCGAAGGUCGCCAUCUACUUUCCGGAAUAG